AUGGCAGUGUUCACGUGGCCAGACAUCUCUCACCUCUCCGCCUCAAGGCCGGAGCUUAUCAAUGUUCUGAGGCAGAUGGGCCAGCAGGUCAAAUGGCCUCAGAAGAUGAAAGCCCCCGACUCUUUCCGGAACCCUGGCUUCUGGAAAGGGCACCUCAGGGAGUUCCUUUCCGAGAAGGCCAAGGGCCAUCUAAGCAAGGAGACAACGGGUAAGCCCACUGAAGCUGUUCCCGUCUUGCCACCGCGACAGGACCGAGUGAUCCAUGUAAUCUCGGGCAGUUCAAAAAUCAGUGGCAUAAGCCAUGCAGCCGUGAAGAAAAGCACCUGGAACGCCAAGCACAGCCUAGAGGCAGCCAAGCCAAAACGCCAGCUCGUAAGGACGGACGAAAUAAGUUUCAUGGCCAAGGAGCAGGAGAAAGUCCUCACUCCUCACCACGACGCCCUGGUUAUCUCGCUCACUCUAGCAAACUGCCUGGUAAAAAGGAUACUGGUAGAUAACAGAAGCUCGGGCAACAUCAUCUUCCAGGCCGCAUACAUGGACCUGGGGCUGGAGAAAGGCGCUCUAACAUGGAGGGUAACCCCCCUUAUAGGUUUCAGCGGGGAAGUCAAGCAAACCGCCUGGGAGAUAACCCUCCCCGUGUACGCCGAAGGAGUCAACAUGCCAACCAAAUUCCUCGUGGUUGAUUUCGAUUCGUCCUACAACAUCAUCUUAGGACGGCCCUGGAUCAACAGAAUGGGGACCGUCCCCUCGACUCUUCACCAAAUGGUGAAGUUCCCUACGCCCUGGGGCAUAAAGGCGAUCAGAGGGGAUCAAGAAUAUUCCCGCUCCUGCUAUCAGACCACUCUGAAGGGAAAGACCAAGGUCUUAUAG